AUGGCGGAGCCGGCGCUGCUCAGGGAGUACGUGUCGCACCUGGCGGCCCGCGCGGCGCAGGGGCAGCUCGCGGCCUGCGCCGACCCCGCGCUCAAGGCCCGGGCGCGGCGGCUGCUGGGCCCGGGGCGCCGCGGGGCCCUGGACGUGCGCGGCGUGGCCGAGCGCUGUCGGCGGGCGCGGGGGGGCCGCGCCCUGCGCGACCUGCUCAAGGCGCUGGAGCUGCUGGAGCUGCUCUGCGUCAACCUCCUGCUGUGCCCCUGGCGCCGGGAGAUCCGCUCCCUGAAGACCUUCACUGGGAAUUUUGUCUACUACAUCCAGCCAGUGCUCCCAGAGGACAUUGUGAAAGCAGUCCUGGAGAAAAUAGGUUAUGUUGCAACUACAGCGACAGAGUUUUCACUUGUCGAAAAGAGAAACAAUGAGGAAAUGAAGCAGACUGCAUUUGAAAUAUUCCUGGCAAGACUCGAGUGUGAAGCCAUCCUCGAAGUGACAAAUGAAGAAAAACAUGGCAAUUUGGAGAAGAGCCUGCAGCAGCAGGGAACACAAACACAUCAGCAUCAAGGAGAGGAGGAUGAGGAAGAUCAGACACCCCAGAGAGGAGACACCAAAAGUCUGGAAAAUGAAGGGAACAGUGAGACACAUUUGUGCCUUGCUCCCCAGCAGAAGUGUUCAGCUACCUGUGCUGUAUCCUUUGAAGCUGCUGGGAAUCUGAGGAUCAAAGGGGACGUGGCUCAGUCAGCAGCUGCUGCAUCUCCCACCAGCCUCCAGGAGCACCAAAGGAAAGGCAUCAACGCCAUGCAUCUCCAAGGCAAGUGCUCCGACAGCGAGGACUUCCUGAUCAAAUACAGUGACAUUGUCAUAGGACAAACACCGAUUUUCGGUGAGAAUCUCUCUCCAAAGGCUUUGGAAAAGGAGCCAAGAGCCAGUCUGAGUGAGGAGUGUGCCUUGGCAGUGGCUGCAGAGUCAGCUGCACGAGCGCUGGGGCCUGCGCCUCUGUCCCCAGGAGCCAGCGGCCCCCCAGCCUUCGCCAUGUUUGCUGACAGCUGCUGUGACAACAAAACCACCUUGGAGUUCGAAGCUCCAGAAAUCCCAGAAGAAUCAAUUGAAGCAGAAAUUAAUGAUGCCAUAAAUUGCAUAGACCCAGCCCCUCGUGAUGAACCCACUGAGCUGAAGUCUCUGCCCUAUAAGGACUUUGCCCAAAACUGCAGCAUCUCCAGGGAAGAGGAUGUGUGUGAGCUGUCUUUAACCUUCACAAAACUACAAAUCAAGGAUGCUCAGGAAGAACUUAUGUAUCCAGUAGAGGAAACUGGCCAGCCUGAGGCAGUGGCAUAUGCAGGAACAAGUGAGAGGCACCUUAGAGAAUUUAAUCACUCCCAAAUAAAGCAUACAUACCUGACUGAUGCUGAGCUGCACAAGAGAGCAGCUUCACACACUGAGCCAUCUUCAGGUCUGUGCUGCACUGCUGGGCACACGGAGGAUUCCUCUACUGGUUCUGACAGCAAGAGACUGUUCAUGGAUCCUGCUAAGGCACACCCAGCUUCCGAGUGCUUCAGGCACGUUAGAGAGCCCCCCAACCUCACCUACAUCCCCCCCCAAAGCAUUGAUGUGCAGCCCUCACACGGGGGCAGGACCAGCACACGGGGCAGGAGCCUGGUGCAGCCUGGACGUGACUCUGCUGGAGGCAGUGAAGGGAAGCUGCAGAACUGUAACUCACCGGUGAGUGACACCCAAGAGCCUUAUGUCAUCAUCGACAGAACCGAGCAAGCCAUGCUGUGCCAUCACACUUGAGUCUGUAGUGCUUUUUUUGUAAUCUGCUUGGGGGAUUGUCCUCUCACCUGUGGCCUUGAUCCUGUUUUCAAGGAGGUGAUUCUCUUUGUCAAAACAGUUUUCAAAAAACCCACAACCACAUCACCGGUUUGGGACAGUAAAAACCAGAAGGAGUUACACAAAUUCUUAAUGAUCCCUUUGGUAAGGAAGCCUGAAUGGUCACCUUUGUAAAGGGUAGGCAACUUCCGUAAGUUUAAAUCCAUUUAAUUCAUCAGUCAGAUUCCUUCUGACUGUUCUUAAUGCCAGCUGGGCAUCCUACUUUUCUUUAUUCCCCUCACAGACCUAUUCCUGAAAUACUCUUCCAGUACAAGGUAAAUUCUUCUCAACUGGAAGACCCAGCUUUACAAAUGCCAUACUGGAUUAUACUCCUGUUAAAUACUCCUGUUAACUCUCUGCAUUCCUUUGAAGCUGUGUCUGAGCUAAUUUUCCUCCUGACUUCAAAAACAGGUUUAGAAAGUUUGAUAACAUUCCUUUAGCUUUAAAGAGGAAAACAGCUCUGUGGACACUUGGUUUUGUAGAGGCAUUAACCUGUGUUACAGGUUUUAUAUCUGCCUCCAUUUGUUACCAAAGUAUUUUGUGGCCACCACCACAAUUUUCAAGAGAAGCCUUGAGCAUUUUAACUGUUCACUGCCACCAGGAGAGAGAGGUCCGGCUACUGCUGCCAUUUCCCUUGCCCCUGCUCCUGACACUUAGUUCUGUACUAGGAGUACACAGAAUUCUUCUGCAAGCCACUUCAUCUCAUUAAAAUGAAGGGGAAAAAAAUCUUUCUUUGCCAUUUUAGUGGCAGGAAAAAAAAUCUGCUCAGAGAAGGAUCCCAGUGAGCAGCAGAGGCAGGAUCAAGGAUAUCCUGCAGGUGGGAGUGCUGUGUGAAAAGCUCAGGAGUGUUGGAUCAACUGGAAGCUGGGAUCCCAGCACUGAGAGCCUGUGUCACACACAACACUGAAUUAAUUUGGGAAAGCACACUGCUGCUGUACUUCAGCACAGUCUCCAGUGCUUCUUUAUACAAAUAUCUCCAAGGGGUGUCAGAGGAUGGUGCCAGACUCUUUUGGGUGGUGCCCAGCAGCAGGACAAGGAGCAAUGGCC